CAGAUAAUGACUUUAAUAGGUGUCCACUUUGGUGAAGUCAGCAUUGCAGAGUUUGGUUCUUAUCCAUGUUUACUAUGGACAUACAACUGUACAACAAUCACAUGUGUUGCAUCUUCCCAGACUGAUGAUGUGUAUGGGGGAAUUGUAAGGAUUAAAACUGGCCAGCACUGGAUCACCUUCCCUGAACAGAUUCAAUUUGACUCUUCAUUAAACCCUGCAAUCACUUCCAUCACUCCAAAUGUGAGCAGCACAGCAGGUGGUAAAGCCUUUAUAGGCCUUUCAGACUUUGACAACAGCAAUCGUUCUGAGCUACAGGUCAAAGUAAAUGACGUUUCUUCACAAGUCCAAAGUGUGACCCCACAAGGAAUACUGGUGAUUCUUCCCCAAUUUCCAUCUGGAUUAUACAACUUAUCUGUUGCAAUUAAUGGGGUCCUCCUCAAAUCUAUCGGGUAAGCAU